GUUCAACACACAGCGUCUAUGUUUAAGAUACAAUAAAGACCAUGAAGGAAUUAAGGCUAAUAAAAUAGCAUUGGACCACAUAAAGCUGAUCAGCGAGCUGGUUUUUACCCUUGACCCGGACUUUGAACAUGUAUCAACUAAUGAAAACUCAUACUCAUCAAUCAGGCCAAUCUCUUACUCAACACAGUGUGCAGUGUAAACAGUGAUGACCUAACGUGACACUACCUGUUUUUCGGAACAACACUUCCUUAAUGGACAUUUUUUAAAUUGAUUUGCAUACAAGAGAAAAUAACUUCCCCCUAAAAUUUUGUUAAACUCGUUUCCCUGAAUGUUUUGAGUGGUUGGUUGUUACAGUUGUUAUAUGGCUUUGAUAAGCUGCAAUGAAACCAGACCUACACUAUUGUUGGUUUACACAUUGAUACUACUCAUUAAACCUGGUCUAAUCAUUAGCGAGGCACCAUAAAGGUGUGCACUGAGCUCCUUCAUCUCCAUGGCCACGUAAACAGCCAAUCAUUAAUGUUUAAUAAGGAGCGAGUAGCUGCCUAUAAGUAGCACGGCCGGCUGCGCACGCUAACAAAAUCUCUCGGGGUGGAGUACAGUAUGGAUGAGUAGGGACGGCACGUGAUGUACAGUGAGGAUGGAGGUACAUGAAGACAGCAUCGCAGUGGUGGGAAUUGGGUGCAAUUUUCCUGGGGGAGAAGGACUGGAAAAUUUCUGGAAGGUUCUCCAUGGAGGGGAAAACUGUUCUAGGCAAAUUCCCAAACAGAGGUUUGAUGUGACCGCCUGGUUUGAUACUGAUGAAACCAAGGGGGGUAAAUCCCGCACAGCCAAGGCUGCUCUCAUCGAUGGAUUCAAUGAAUUUGACCACAAGUUCUUCGGCAUCAGCGACAGUGAAGUGGAACAAAUGGACCCUCAGCAGAAGCACCUGCUGCAGUGUGUUUACAGAGCUUUGGAGAACGCUGGAAUUCCAAUGGAGAAGGCCAGUGGCACCAGUACAGGGGUGUUCAUCGGCCUCAUGAACAGAGAUUAUGAAACAAAUGCUGCACAUGUCCACCCAACUGUGAUCAACCACUGGACCGGCACAGGGCUAGCCAUGAGCAUAGCAGCGAACAGAGUCUCGUACAUCUUCAACUUUACUGGACCUUCACUGACCAUAGACUCUGCCUGCUCAUCCUCACUCGUGGCUCUUCAUCUUGCUUGUCAAGCCAUUAAAGAAGGUGAUUGUGAUAUGGCUAUUUGCGGAGGAGUGAGCUGUAUCAUAGAGCCAAGAGUGUUUGUUGCCCUGAGCAAAGCCAAGAUGAUCUCCCCUGAUGGGACCAGCAAAACUUUUUCCAACAAAGCAGAUGGCUACGGUAGAGGAGAAGGAUGUGGGGUUGUUCUUCUGAAACCCCUGAAAAAGGCCUUAGAAGACCACGAUCACAUCUGGGGUAUCAUCAGCAAAACAGCGGUCAACCAAGAUGGUCGCUCAGUCACUCCAAUCACUAAACCCUCGAUGAUACAACAAGAGGAGCUGCUACGAAGAACUUACUCCAAGUCUGACAUUGCCGAUGUUCAGUACAUAGAGGCGCACGGAACUGGAACCCCAGUUGGAGACCCAACAGAGGCAGAAAGCAUCUCAAAUGUCAUUGCUAAAGCCAAACCUCCUGGUUCAGAGAAACUGUGGAUUGGCUCUGUGAAGAGUAACAUUGGACAUACAGAAUCUGCAGCGGGAGUGGCCGGACUCAUAAAGAUUCUUCUGAUGAUGAAGCAUAAGACAAUUGUUCCCUCAGUUUUCUAUUCUGAGCAAAGUGCCAGUGUCGAUGCCAAAGCUCUCAAUGUCAAAAUUCCUCAGAGGUCAGAAGAAUGGAAACCCUCUGGUCCGAGAGUUGCGGGGGUGAAUAACUUUGGUUUUGGGGGUACAAAUGCACACGCUAUUGUCAAAGAGUAUAGUCAGUCACCCACUGUGCAAGAGAAAAACCAGAAUCAACCGAAAUACUUUGUUAUGUCAGCAAAUUCAACCAAAUCUUUAUCUCUAAUGGUGGAAGACACCAUUAAGCAGCUGGAGUCCAACAGUAAAGUUGAUCUGGACUCUCUCUUGUACACAGCAGCCUGCAGAAGGAGCCAUUUAAAACACAAGUUCAGAAAAGCUCUUCUGGUAUCAUCUGUAGCUGAUCUAAAACAAAAGCUUAGUGCUGCCCUCGACAAAAAUGUCAGCUCGUCCUCCUUAGAUCCAGGGUUGGUGUUUGUCUUCUGUGGAAAUGGCGUCACCUACCAUGGCAUGUGCAAACAGCUUCUGAAACACGAGCCAGUUUUCAGACAAAAGAUCGAGGAAAUUUCACAAGUUUUUCAAAAGCUUAGUUCACUGAACAUCCUGGAGACACUGGAGAGUGAAACUGAAAGCAGUGACUUUAACAACCCAGAUGUUGUACAGCCAUUACUCCUGGCCAUCCAGGUGGGCAUUAGCACCUUACUCAUGCACUGGGGUGUCAAGCCAGAUGCCAUGCUCGGGCACUCUGUUGGUGAAGUAGCAGCUGCCCACUGUUCUGGCCUCUUGUCUCUUGAAGAUGCAGUCAAAGUCAUCUAUCACCGCAGCGUCCUCCAAAGCCGGGUCACUGGGGGAAAGAUGCUGGUGGUCAGUAAUAUGGCUGUAUCCGAGGUAACUGCUGUGCUCCCUAAAUACUCUGGUAGGAUAUGUCUCGCUGCUUAUAACAGUCCAGAGUCCUGCACUCUCUCAGGUGACGUCGAUGCUAUCCUGAGCCUCCAUAAGCAGCUAAGCAGCUCAGCCAACGGUCAGAAUCUGUUCCUCCGUGUCUUAGACGUACCUGCUGCCUACCACAGCCACAUGAUGGACCCCAUUCUUCAAGAAAUCCGAAACUGCAUUGGUGCCUUGCAGCCCAAUGACCUCAACACAGAGUUGUUCUCGACAGUAACGGGCAAAAAAUUCCAGCACAAAGACUUCUGCACAGGUGACUACUGGGCGAGAAAUAUUCGGGAGCCGGUAGCAUUUGAGCAAGCAGUGAAGUCAGCAUCAAAAGGAAAAAAUAACACCGUGUUCGUAGAGAUAGGCCCACGAAGGGCACUGCAGAGGAACAUCCAGGAAUGUCUGGGUAACAGCACAUCAGUGUUGGCCUCGGUUCAGCCAGGGAAUGAUCACGACGCAGUCCUGUCUGUAGUUCCCAAGCUGUUUGAGCUCGGCGUUCAAGUUGAUUGGAACAACCUUUACAAAAGUUUUGUAACAACGCCACUGCCUUUCCCAGAGUACAAGUUUGAUUGCUCAUACAGAGAUGUUAUCAUUGGAGCAGCACAAAACAACACAUCCAGCAAUCACCCAGUGCUCUGUCACACAGAAGGUGAGAGCAACAUUUUAAGCUGUAAUCUGAAUUCAGAUUCGACAUUCUACCUAAAAGAGCACAAACAUAAUGACAUUCCCCUCAUCCCUGGUGCCUUCUAUGCUGAUUUGGGAUUAUCAGCAUUCAUGGCCACUGCCAAACCAAAAGUGCCACUUAACGCUCUACAGCUGAGUGUCAACUUCCAUAGUCCAUGUGUUCUAAUGCCCAAACCACCUGACGUGAAGGUGAAAGUGGAACAUGCAGAGCGGGAAGCCACUUUCUCUGUCUUCUCCCCAUCUGCAAUGUACGCAUCAGGUAAAGUCACUUCAGGCGGAGAGAGGCUGAUGGAGGAGCAGACCAUUUCACUGAGUUCCCUCUACCAAAGGUGCAAAUCUGUUGUGACUUCUGAGGAGUUCUACGGGUAUCUUUCUCAAGGAGGCUUUCAAUAUGGUGACGUCUUCAAAAACAAAAGUAAUGUGUACUACGGAGGAGACCUCAGAGAGGCCUUUACAGUCGUCUCUGUUCCUGAAGAACUGCACUCUCAACUGCAUGACUACUGCAUUCACCCUGUUGUGUUAGAUUUUCUUAUGCAGCUUCUCCCAGUAACCGUGGAGCACAUUUUCGCAGGGAGGCCAGGAUUUCCUGCCCAAAUUGGGAGUUUGACCGUUUUUGAACCUUUGAAAGAAGAAAUGAUUCUUUACUUGAGGGCAUCAGAAGUGGGAGAAAAUGACUUCCAGGUUUGUGGCUGUUUUGCAGACAAAGAAGGGAGAGUGCUUGUCCAGGUGAAGCAUGUAAUGAUCAAGUACCUUGGUAGCCACACUCAAGUGGUAGAUGAGUACUUCUACCAUAACUCCUUCAGUGUAAUUCCUGAAGGUAACCCAUCUGCUCCUCCCAGAGCUUUGGUUUUCUGUGACCAAGCAGGCAUAGCUGAAAGUCUGAAGCAGCAUUUAGACUCAAGGUCUCAGUACAUAUCAUUCACACAUGCCAAAGCUAUUUUGAACAGUGGUUUCCCCUCUCUCCUGGCUAACCUGAAGAUCUCAAAUGUUAAGAAAAGCUUUAACGAAGUCUUGUUUUUGUGGGGUAAUGAAAACCUUACGUCACAGGAAUCCGACCUUGUGCUGCAGUCUUUGGUGAACUACUGUGAGAUUUUACGUCAAAUUGUUCUCGAGCUCAAAAAGAUUCACUUCCCAAACUCUAUCAGAGCAGUGACCUACUGUUCGUCUGACAUCACAGCAGAUCGGGUAAACCCCGGCUUUGCUAUCGUUGGCAUGAUGAGAGCAUUCGCUGCAGAACUACCAGAUCUGGCUUUUCAGCUUGUUGAUUUGAGCGGUAUCGCUGCUCAGGACAUUGCAACUCUGUCAAAGGUCUUACGGUCAUACCCUUGCAGCAAAUACCCUGAAUUGGUGGUAAAGGAUGGACAGGUUCUAACACCAUCAAUCAGUCACACGCCGCCAAAAAUCCAAGAUAAUUCCAGGAUGAGUUUUACUUCAGCCUCCUCUGAGCCAUGCAUCUUUCAGACAGCUGAUGCACACAACAUUACUCAAGUGAGUGCCAUCCACUGUCCUAGCAACCUACCACCCAGUGACUCCUCCAUUGAAAUUCAGCCGAGUAAAAUAUGUGUUCAUUCAUCUGAUUACUUCCCAGUCAGUGCUUCACUUCUGAAAUUUGGACAGACACUCUACUGGAACAAACAUUCAAAGCAAAAUCACCCACUUCUAGCUCUUGAUUUCUCUGGCACGGUCACAGCAGUUGGAAAAGAAGUUACCAAACUUAAAGUGGGUGACCAGGUUGCCUCCUGUUAUCCUGUGGUGGCAGGCAGCAGGAUCACCGUGCCUGAAGAUGCGUGCUACAGCAUCAAACGUUUCCCAUUUCUCCAAAACACACCGUGUGUUUCUUUCUUUGUGCUAGCCUGGGAAAUCCUGUUCCGAGCUUUGCCCAAAGCUAAACGACAUCUCGCGAUCAUAUCCUCUGUCCCCGACUCUGCUCUAAUGAAAAUCCUAGCCCUUACUUCCUUUAAAUCUGGCUGGAAUGUGCACACAGGGACACAAAACAAUGGCUUAUCAGCUAAUAUGAAACAGAUGGAUGCAUUUGUCAUCCUGCCUCCAUUUGACAAAUCUCUGAUUGAAAAGAUUGGCAAAUUCCCUGGGAAGAAACACAUGGUGGUCGUCUGUGAGUCUCACAUGCAGAAUCUUCUCGCUCAGGAUUUGUUCCACAGUGUCAAUGACAAUUUGCACAUUGAGACAAUUCAGAUGCCCGUCAUUUUGCAAAAAGGAUCUCUGAGUGGCAAAAGACCACACAUUUAUCAGUGGCUCAAAUCAUUGAAACUAAGCAGGAAAUUGGGAAUUGGAGGCAGUGCCUUUCAGAGCAUGGAAUCUGACAUAACUAUCAGUUUGCAGGAGCCAGAAUCAUACUUUAACACCAAACAACUCUCCAUUGUUGCUCUGGAAAAGGAUGAAAACUUUACUCUUUCCGACAUCCCACUUAUGCCAACAAAGAAGCAGCUUUUCCGGAAGAAAUCUGUGUAUGUAGUGGUGGGCGGUCUUUCUGGAUUAGGCUUUGAAACAGUCAAGUUCAUUUCACAGAGAGGUGGAGAGUACGUUGUGAUACUUUCCAGGAGCAAGCCUACAGCAGAGUUGCAGAAAGACAUAGAUAAUGUAAAGAAUCAGUGUGGAAACAGUAUCGUCAGCAUGGAGUGUGACGUAGCCGUCUCUGAGCAGGUGCACAAGGUUUUCAAAGCCAUAGGCCAGACGUUUCCCGGCUGUCCGGUCAAAGGAGUGUUUCACAGUGCAGUUGUCUUGCAUGAUGGGUUGAUCGAGACUCUUGACAGGUCUCUUUACGAGAAAGUCCUUAAACCAAAAGUCAAAGGUGUGAUAAAUCUGCACCAUGCCACACAGCACUGUCAGUUAGACUAUUUUGUGUGUUACUCCUCCAUCUCUGCUUUCCUGGGAAAUCCAUCACAAACUAACUAUGCAGCAGCCAACACCUUUCUUGACCUGUUCUGUCAUUACAGACGUAAUUUAGGGUUGGCCGGACAGUCAAUCAGCUGGGGGGCCUUGAACCUUGGUCUCCUCUUGAACAAGGAGCACUUCCAGCGAUUCUUGGAGGCUAAAGGGAUGAUGGUGUUAGACGUGCCUGAAAUUCACAAAAGCUUGGAGCAAUGUCUUGAGCUAAAUCUGCCCCAACAGGCAGUGUGCAGGUUUCACUUCAGAAACAUCAGGUACAACAUUUUAUCUCAAAAUGCAUCCUUAACCAUGCGUCUGUCUGCACUGGUUGAUGAAGCCUUCCGAAAAUCAAAGGAAAAAGAGUCCCAAACCCCCAAAAAAGAAACGGUGUCGCCAAGGGCGUACGUUCACUCCCUCCUGAGUGAGACCAUUGGUGUGGACCAGAGCGAGCUGAAAGAUGACUUGCUGCUCUCGUCCUUGGGUGUUGACUCCAUGCAGGCCAUGACCUUGCAAAAUCUUAUCUAUCAAGAGAGAGGUGUAAAUCUGCCGUUGGUGAAACUGUUGGACCCAAAUGCCACCCUAUCAUCAGUGGUCGCUUUACUGAGUGAAGGAGAUGAUGAGCAACUGGAUAGCGAUAAUCCUGCCAUGAGUAACUCAACAGAAGACAUGGGGGAUCAGUCAACAAGACUGUGAGGUCAAUUCCUGUCGUCCUGACACUGUUUGACCCAAAUAUCUUUUACUGGAUCACUAACUGAGUUUCCUGGUCUACGGGAUCAGUACUGUAAAUCAUAAAAGGUUUAAAUGCAAGUUAAGUGUCAAAGUUUCGCAACAGUCAGCAGUCUUAUCCUCGUGAGUUCAAAUUUAGAGCCGGACAAACAGUCUUCCUUUAAUUGUGUGUACAGAUUUGUGUAAAUAUUGCCCAUGACAACAUAGUAAUAAGGAAACAUUUACAGUCAAAUGUUUUAUUGAUUACGGGUAUCACAACAAAAUAUCCUGAUGCCACCUGGUACAAAUUAUGUUGGGUUUUUUUCUGUUGGGUUUGUUAUUGUUUCCAUCAUUUUUGUUGUACUUUGCACAAAUUCAGGCUCUAAUGAAUGCCUUUUAUGCUUUCUCGUUAUUGAUAUGGUGAUGCGAACAAAAACCUUUCAGCACAAGAAUGAGCAGUAAACCAGAAAUGUGUAUAAAUCUAUUGUAUAUUGUUUAUUAUUGAGAUAUGUGUAAAUUUUGGUAAUAUAUCAAUAAAAGUCUUUAAUUAUAGUAAGCUAA